AUGGAAGAUAUGCGUGAACGCGUCGAUUAAAUGUUACCGAGUUCGUAUCAAUCGAUAUAUAUGUAGACAUAUAUGGAAUAUAAAUAUAAUGUAUAUUAUACUUACAUUUAAAAUGAUUAUAUUAUGUUUUACCGAGUGUCAUCAGUAACUACGUAUAUACUUUAUUUUAUAAAUAAAUAAAUGAAUGAAUAUAUAAUAUUUCCAUAGUAUUCAAUUUAUACAAUUCUACUGUUCUAUUCAUAUGCAUGCAUCGCUGUACUAAAUUGUGCUUCAGUAUUAAAAAUAAUUCGCUAGUAAUGAGAUUACAUCUUACGAAUUUUUCUCUUUCUUUUCUCUUAUCUACAAUUGUUUCUUUCUAUAGAUAAAUGAAUAGAUGGAUCAGCAAACGAAUGAACGUUCAAAUAUGUAUGUAAUGUAUCAUAGCUGGAAUAUGACCGACCUCGACUAACAGUGACACGUAACAGUGCGCUCAUUUCGAGAUAAAGCUGAACACAUGCGUGUCCCUUACAUAGGCAAUAUGCGUGUGCUCACUUACGCAAGUAACACACAGAUACAGUCAGCAGAAAGAGGACUGCUUACUUCUGUAAAAAAAAAAAAAAAAACAGAAAAACUCCGAAAUUAUGUUAUCACAUCACGUUGAAUUAACUUCUAUGCGUUUGAAUUCAUCGAUUGCGACUCUAUUUAAAAUAAUCGACUUCACUGUGCGUAUUCAUUUAUUUCGAGUUUCAUCAAUUCCAAACCACUCGCGACAAUUUAAUUGAUCAAAACUGAUUAGUUAGUUACACGUUAGUUACCUUAUAGAUACAUAUUUCCGUAACAUUUUUUCCUAUUGAUAGGACAGCAUCUAUUGAAAAAGAAGCAGAAACAUUUAUUAAGAAAAAAAAAAAAGAAGCAAAGGUACUAAUAGCGCAACAAGCAGAUAGAUAAAAAGAAAGAGAAGAAGGAAUAGGAAAAGAAAAAGGUGGAGAGAAAGAAAGAGAGAAGAAUAGAAGAAAUAUGUAGCUGAGGGAAAAAGAUAGAAGAGUAGAGAGAAACACAGAGAGAGAUGGAUAAUAGACUAGAGAAUGGAAGGAGGUGUACUGAGAUGCGCAGUCGUAUCGAUAUAGAAUUGCUCGUGACGUGUCCGUUGAGUGGUCGCGCGUAGUCGCCGGUUGUUUUCUUAUGUUCAACGCGUUCGAUCAUUACACGGUUCUCCUUUCGAUCGAUCAGUCUAUGCUUCGAAAAUAAAAUUAAAUUGCCAAGUUCUUCAGGAUCGAAUCAUUUCUAAAAUUUAGUACGUGAAUCAGUUCUAAUACGUAUAAGUUGUACGUGCUGUCAAACGUCGUGCCGUAUGAUAGUGUCAGUGUUUGAUCGUGCUUGUCACUGCUUGUGCAUUUUACUAGAAUCAGAUUGAGAGGUUAGAUUUAUUUCAUGCUCUCCUCCCAAAUUUUCAUCAUACUUUCUUCUUCUCUUGUUUCGUCUCAUUAUAAAUAUGUGUAAUACAAUACAUGUAAUGCACAUAACGUUUGAUCGUAAAACUAUCUGUAAUUUAUUUAAAUUAUCAGAAACAGAAGGGAGAAAAAGAACGACUUCCGUAAUUUGUUACGUCAAAGCUGUGAACGAACGUCAAAGCUGAAUUAUUAAAUACGAAUUAAGCAAGAUUAUGAUCUUAUCUUUCAUUUCUUCAAAUAAAAAAUGUUCAAAAACAUGAACAUAUCUGCUUCUAAUACAGAUAAUGAUUAUAGCAUAUUGUUAUAUUUGCAGAACCAUCUUUUGACGAAAUGUUUAGCUGGUUAGGUCGAGACGAUAGUAGUAAACAGGAUAUCUUUGAAAAUGUUGCUGACGGCCUUAAAAAAAUAUACAAAUCUAAAUUGCUACCACUCGAGCAACAUUACCAAUUUCAUGAUUUUCAUUCACCUCAACUUGAUGAUCCGGACUUUGAUGCAAAACCCAUGAUCCUUUUGGUUGGGCAAUACUCUACUGGAAAAACUACCUUUAUCAAGUAUUUGCUAGAACGAGACUUUCCUGGAAUAAGAAUCGGACCUGAACCAACGACAGAUCGCUUCAUUGCAGUUAUGUAUCAUGAAAAUGAACGUGUGAUCCCUGGGAAUGCUUUAGUUGUUGACCCAAACAAACAAUUUCGUCCUCUUUCCAAAUUUGGGAAUGCGUUUCUCAAUAGAUUUCAAUGUUCCACUGUUGCAUCUCCUGUUUUAAAAGGCAUAUCUAUAGUUGAUACACCUGGUAUUUUAUCAGGCGAAAAACAAAGGGUUGACAGAGGUUAUGAUUUUACUGGUGUUAUGGAAUGGUUUGCUGAGCGAGUAGACAGGAUCAUUUUACUAUUCGAUGCGCACAAGCUUGAUAUUUCUGAUGAAUUUAGAAGAUUGAUUGAAGCAUUACGUGGUCAUGAUGAUAAAAUUAGAAUUGUACUCAAUAAAGCUGAUAUGAUUGAUCAUCAACAGCUGAUGAGAGUAUAUGGAGCAUUGAUGUGGUCCUUAGGGAAAGUUUUACAAACUCCUGAAGUAGCUAGGGUAUAUAUUGGCUCAUUUUGGGAUCAGCCUUUGAGAUAUGAUGUAAAUAAAAGGUUAUUUGAAGACGAAGAACAAGAUUUAUUCAGAGAUAUGCAAUCAUUGCCUAGAAAUGCGGCACUUAGGAAACUCAAUGACUUGAUUAAACGCGCACGAUUAGCGAAGGUACACGCUUAUAUAAUCAGUGCUUUAAGAAAAGAUAUGCCUAGUAUGUUUGGUAAAGACACUAGAAAGAAAGAACUUAUCAAAAAUUUAGGUCAAAUUUAUGAUCAAAUACAAAGGGAACAACAAAUAUCGCCUGGCGAUUUUCCAGACUUGAAAAAAAUGCAAGAAUCCUUAGCUCACCAUGAUUUUAGUAAAUUUAAUUCUUUGAAACCUAAGUUAUUAGAAGUAGUCGAUAAUAUGCUUGUUAAAGACAUUGCCCAACUCAUGGCCAUGAUCCCUCAUGAAGAAGUCAGCACAACAUCAGACUCACUUGUUAAAGGUGGUGCAUUCGAAGGUGUGGAAGAUCAAGUGAGUCCAUUUGGAUAUAAACGAGGAGAAGGUAUCGAUGCUGGUGCAGGUGAACCAGAAUGGAUUGUUAAUAAGGAAAGAUAUAAAUAUAAUUUGAUAUUCGAAAAGCUUGGUCCAUGUGAUGGAAAAAUUUCAGGAGCGGCGGCAAAAUCGGAAAUGGUAAAAUCGAAAUUACCAAAUAAUGUACUUGGUAGAAUUUGGAAAUUAUCUGAUAUCGACAAAGAUGGAUUUUUGGAUUCUGAUGAAUUUGCCUUAGCAAUGCAUUUAAUUAAUGUAAAACUUGAAGGUUAUGAUCUACCUGCAGAGUUACCGGAUCAUUUGAUACCACCAUCGAAACGAGAUACAUAAUUUAGCUCCAAUAUUGUACUCAUCUUUGAUGUCUGUUCACUAUGUUGACGUAUGUUUGGUAUAUGUUUGAUGCGCACAUUAUACGACUAUAUUUAUUAAUUUGCCAAACACAUUGAUCAAUAUUGCUGUUUCUCAAAUGUUCGAAAAAGUACGUGAUAUCUACGUAUUUUAUUUCAGUAAAUAUCUUUAUUAACUAAUUAAAAUAUGAAAAUAUUAGAAAAAAUUUUUUUUUUAAAUUUUAUUAUGAAAAAAAACGAAGUAAUGUAUAACAAUCAUUUCACUGUUCUGUGCUCUCAAAGAAAACUACUUUUUCGAGCUAGGUUUUUUAUUUUUAAAACACUUGAAUUUUUUAUCAUGUUUCAAGUGUAAAUUAUAUUUAUUUUUUCUAUUUCCCUCUUUAAUAUCACGUCAAAAAUUAACAUUAAAUUACUACACAAUAAAACAUACUAAUUUGGGUAAAUUCCAUAAAUUUCAAUGAAUGAAUGUGUGUUUGUAUGUAUGUGUGUAAUAUAUUUGUCUUUUGCUCGAAUACAGUUGUUGAUAACAAUAUUAUUACUACUACUAUCAUCUUUAACAAGUGUGCUUAAGUUCAUCGUCACUCCAUAAUUAAUUUUCUAAAUAUAUGUCUACUGCUAACUUCUUAUUCUAUAGAAUAGGGAAAAUGGAUAAGAGUACAGUAUAUGUAUUUCCUAAUCACGUAGCUGUGUGCACAAGUACAUGAUAAAGCAAAAUCUAUAUUUAUUUAACAAACAUAUUAAUCUGUAAUCAAACACGAUAGUUAUUCUGUGGUGUUAACAGAAAUUUCCAUGAAAAAGGGAACGCUAUCGCAGCGUAAGAUAUAGAACGAUACAAGUCAUACCUAAAAAAGUAUGUUAGUAUUGAAUCAUUUUAUACGUAUUUCACUUAUUCUCUAUUUGUGCAAUAUGUGCUUUUGAAAAAAAAUAACAAAUUUUAAUAUAAAUGUAUUUUCAUUAUAUGCAAUCGAACAAUGAUAUAAGCAUGUUAUAUUUUUAAAAAAGGAAAGAAACAAUAUGUAAAUAAAUUUUUUAAUAGAUCAUAUUUAAGUAACUUGGUGCUUUAACAUGAACAAUAUUUCAAGAGAUCAAAUAAUGUUCUCUGUUAGCACUGCCACCAUGUUUAAUGCAUCUUUUUAUGUGAUAAUUAAAAGAUAUCCCAAUUUGAUAUCUUUCCUGUACUUUAUAACAAAAUGAUGUUGAUGAAAAUAUUAGAAAAGAAAAUUAUUUUUUAUAAUAUUCUGUAUAUAAAUAUAUAUAAUGAACUUAAAAUAUUUAAAUCAUAUACAUGUAUGAAAUAGUAAAUUUUGUGGUAACUAACAACGAGUAAAACAUCAAAUAAAAUAUUAUUUUUUAAUAUUAUUAAUAAUAUUAUCUUUCAAUAUUAUUUUGCAAGACAUAAUUAUCGUGAUUUUUCUUUCUUUUUUACAUAAAUAUUACAUAAAUAAUUACUCAUUACUUAUAGUUACACAUAUGUAAAUAAGCAAUGUAUUGUUUGUAAGUAAAGAAAAAAAUAUAAGCAUAAUAAUUUGUCAUCUGUAAUAAAGAUACAAUGAAAAUAAUCUGAUUAAUUUUUAUAAUAUAUCAAAUAUUUAUAACAUGUACUUAUAUACAUAUGUGUUUGCAUGUACAUAUGUAUAUGCAUCCUUUCUCAAUUUUAUCUAUAUAUUUCAAAAUAUCAAUCAUCACAAUCAAUCCAUUAUUACAUCUAUGACUAAAAGACGAUUGCUAAUGUCAAUUUAACAACUAGUUUAACAAUACUAAUAAUAUUGAAACGUU